AAACGGAACUAAGUAGCCCUCACUCUCUCUCUCUCUCUCUCUCUGAGUACAACUGGUCGCCGGAGAAAUGAAUAUUCCGGCGAGCUCCUCUUCUCUUUUAACACGCAAUGUUAUGUUAGCAUAUCCGAUCAUCCUCGUCACUUCUUCCAAGAAAGGCACUAAAUCGUAGCAAUCUUCUCCAAUUUUUCGCUACAGCGAGGUUAUUCCUUGCUUUUGCAGUAUUUUUUUUUUUUUUUGGAGAAUUGAUGGACGAAUCGAGAGAGAAAGGUAUCGAUUAUCGUUUUUUUUUUUUCCUUGGUGACGGUUAAAGAUUUUUUUUUUUCCUUGGUGACGGUUAAAGAUUUUGAUUGAGUGAGCGAUUGGAUUUUGUUGAAUGUGCAUGAAUUUUGUGAAUUUGUAGAAUCAAUUUUGGGGAGUGGUGAGGGGGGUUUUUGGAUGUACAUUCAGAAGAACCAGAGAAAAGAAUUGGUUUAUGAAAGUUUUAACACGAAUUUAAGCUGAUUAUCGCUUUAAAAAGUAGGGGCAGAAUUGAAAAAAUUGCAGUGUUUUAGAACACAGAAAAUCUCAAACCUCUCAAGAGUGAAGUUGUAGCUUCCUUAUGCCUUUUCCGAUGAAGAUCCAGCCAAUCGACAUCUAUUCACCGAGAGAAGCAGCUAUCGUUCGAGCCGAACCGACCAAGCCGGUUCUGAAAUCGCGUCUGAAGAGGCUCUUUGACCUGCAGUUUCCGAGCGUGUUGAGGAUAUCCUCCGUGGAGAAGCAGACUGUUGGUGGAGCUCAGUUCAGCAAAGAUGGAGCUCCAGAAUUUGAGCCGAGUUCCGUUUGUUUGGACAAAAUGGUACAGAUUUUCAUUGAGGAGAGCCACAACGAGAAGCAGCAGCAAUCUGUGAAAUGCGGCCGCAAUCGCUGCCACUGCUUCAACAGGACCGGCAAUGACAGCUCCGACGACGAGUUUGAUGUGUUUGGGGAGUCGAUCAACGGUGGAUUGUCUGGUGAUACCUGUGAUGUACUCAAGAGUUUGAUACCUUGCGCCUGUUUGGUGGAGGGGAAACUCUUGGCAGACACGGCGAUGAUCGUCGAAAAGAACAAAAAUCACAAGCGGAAAGACGAUUUGAGAAAGAUCGUCACCGACGGCUUGUCGUCUCUCGGCUACGAUUCUUCAAUUUGCAAAUCCAAAUGGGAGAAAACUUCAGCAAUCCCUGCUGGUGAAUACGAGUACAUAGAUGUGGUGGUGGAAGGGGAGAGAUUGUUGAUAGACGUUGACUUUAGAUCGGAAUUCGAGAUGGCACGGACGACGGGAACCUACAAGGCGAUCGUCCAAUCACUGCCAUACAUCUUCGUCGGAAAACCAGAGCGUCUGGAUCGAAUCGUUUCGAUCGUAUCGGAGGCGGCGAAGCAGAGCCUCACGAAGAAAGGUAUGCACCUGCCUCCCUGGAGAAAGGCAGAGUACUCGCGUGCCAAAUGGCUCUCUGCCUUCACCAGAGCCUCUCAGAUCGAAGUUGCUUCACCUGAGACCAAAGAACCGAACGAAUGCGGAGAGCUGGAACUGAUCUUCCGCGACGAAAUUCCACCGGCGGAGGAAAUUCUCGGCGAAUCGGAAUCGCCGUCCCUGGUGAAAAAUUCCGCCGAUGGCGACGUAACUUCUGCGGCAGCUUCAUCCCCAUGGCAACCGCCGGCAGUCAAACCAAAGAGUAUAGAAAGAGGAACGAAGAUGGUCACCGGAUUGGCUUCUCUGUUGAAGGAGAAACCCUAAAAAAUUUUGGAAAAUUUUUUUUAACUCUUUUUUCCCAAAAAAAGAAAAAAAUGGCAUCGGAUAAAAUAAUAUGGGCAAAAAUAGAAUAUAAUAAUCAGAUAAUAGUACACUCCCUUUUUCCUCUUUUUAAGUUAAUUCUUGAUCAUUUUAUCCCUCCUCUGUUAUUAUUAUUUUUUUUUCAAGAAAAAGAACUGAAAAUA